AGCGGAUUGAGGCCUCUCCUCUCUUCUCGACUCCUUCCUGUGCUCGUCCGGUAGCCGGCAGCGCGCCAAGCGCAACCCUCUUCAGCCGCCGCAACCCUUUUCAGCCGCCAGCCCUUUCAAGAGACAUGCAGUGACAAUAACGAGAUCAGCAGCGGUAGCGAGUUAGCGAGAAGGGCAGGUGCUAGGUGCGAGCGGCCAGCACUGGCGACAGCAGCAUGGUGCGGGCAGUCAAGGUGGUGCCACUGGCCGAGGACGGCUCCGCCGGCAGCGUGCGGCGCCUGAUGGGCAAGGUGCCCUCUCUGGUGUUCGAUGUCGAUGACCUGAAUGACGCUGCGCAGCAUGCGGCUGCCGAGGCACUGGACGAGUCCAGCGUGGCGGAGGUCAAGCAGAAGCUGCAGACCCUGCUGGAGCCGUGGUCCGAGCCAGAGUACAUGCUGCUGCUGCACGUGCGGUUUGCGCGCGAGGAUGCCGCCAAGCGCGGCCAGCCGCAGACGGUGCCCGAGCUGGCCGACACGCUGCGCCGCCUGGGCUACGCUGUCAAGCUGCGCACCGCGCUGGGCGGCGGCUCUGGCGGCGCCUGUCUGCGCAGCCUGCGCCACUCCUUCCUCACCGUCUCAGUGUCGGGAACUUCUGGCUCCAUGUCUUACGUGCUGGACCCACGCUUCCGCGACCAGUUUGAGAUUGCGCAUGCCACACCACGCUACACCAAAAUCCUGGAGGCCGUGGGCUCUGACGUCGUCACAACGCAGGAUCGCCUGACCAGGGUGGUUGAGAUUUUGUGCUCCGAAAUGGCGCAUGCCUUCCAGGAGACGGGCACUCCGCUGCCGCCUUGGCGCCAGCACGCCGCCAUGCUGUCCAAGUGGCUGCCGCGGCGCAGCGAGGAGGUGGACCUCACUGCCGCGCUCAACAACGGCGCAGGACUGCAGCCCACGGGCCUGCCGCUGGGCGGCAUACCUGGCGGUGGCACCAAGCGCCUGACAGGCCCCAGCACCGUCGCACAGCGCCUGAUGAUGCUGGGCGUGGUGCAGCAGCAGAUCAACCCCUCGCCCAUCGCCGAGGGCGUGGAGCACGCUUCAGGAUCUGUGGAAGAGGACGACGGGUGGGAGGCGCUGGACGGGCCCGCCUCCACCAGCUCUUCUGAGCACUCUGUGCAUUUGGAUGACUGGAAUGAUGAGGCCGAGCAGGACCCGCCGCCCGUGCCAGCGCAAGCGCCUGCCCCCGCACGAAAGGCGCAAGCAGCGCCCAUCAUGGUUGUUUCAAUCCCCCCUCGCGGCGGCGCUGUGCAGCCUCGUGGCAAGGCCAUCCUCGAAGGCAUCCGGGCGGCCGCCGCCGCCCUGCCUCACCGCCGCAAUAACACCUGGGCUGGUUUUUCUUUCCCUUCCGACCAGCAUUAA